AUGACUGAAACAACAACGAGAGUGUGUCACGCUCGCGAUCAUCUCAGAGCCCGUACCGAGAUCGCUGCGGCGGUCACUGCCCCCGGCGGAGGCGGCACUUCUGACUCGCUGUACGGCGCCGUCGACUCUGUUGGAUGCACCGCACGGGCACACAGCCGAUCACCAGGCACCGAGCACCGAGAACCAGCACAGCUCAUUCACUACCGACACGACACUACGAGUUCGCCGGACGGAACACAGAGAGACGUGCACACCAUAAACCGCGCGAACUCAGACUGCGCGCGACGAAUCGCUGGGCCUCGUCGGGUGUGA